AUGGAAGAGGAGUAUAAUAUGGACACACAGGACUCGGUCGCGAGUGACACUAAUAGAAACGAUGGAAAUGAUAGUGAUACUGUGAAAAGUGAUUAUGAGUUUGGUUAUGAUGAAUCUUACGAAGAUGAAGAUGGGGGAUUUCGUGGAGGUCCUCGUGGUCGCGGCAAUUUCAGAGGCCGUGGUGGUCGCGGCAUGCCACCACCGGGCUGGAUGAAUGGACCUCCUCCCAUGCGCUUUAGGGGUAGGGGUUAUGGACCUGGUGGGCCUCCAAUGAGAGGCCGUGGAUUUUUCCGUGGCCGUGGUGGUCCUAGAUUUGGUCCUAAUGGAGGGCCUAAUUUUGAUAAUAACUGGGGGCCUAUGGGUCCACCACCACCUGGUAUGAUGGGACCACCUCCAUUUGGCCCACCCCCACCUGGAAUGAUGCCACCAGGUGGGCCAAUGGGUCCUCCACCUAAUAUGAUGGGACAACCACCACCUUUUGGACCUCCAGGAAUGCCACCCCCAAAUAUGCCUCCACCAGAAAUAUGGGUAGAAACUAAGUCCGAUGAGGGCAAAUCAUAUUACUAUCACCAACGCACUAGAGAAACAACUUGGACAAGGCCACAAGAGAGUCCGACUUGCAAGGUCAUAACACAGGCUGAAAUGGAAGCUAUGGUCUCAGCAGGCCAAAUGCCAGGCAUGAACCCACAAACCAUGGGCAUGAAUAACCCAAUGGGAGGACCAAUGGGUGGACCUAUGGGAAUGAUGCCCAAUGGCAUGAUGGGAGGCAUGAUGCCCCCUGGAAUGGGGCCCCAAGGAGGUGGUUCCACACCCAAUUCUGCCCCACCCUAUAUGACUCAUCCACCACCAUGGGCAAAAGAUGGUAACAACCAAAUGAAGAUGGAUCAGUCUGACCAGUCAACGAUGGAUAUGGACGAACUACCACCUGGUGAAUCCCUUCAAAAUAACCAGAUGCCCAAUGCCAUAGCUCCAGUGACCACAUCCUCCAGUGGGCCUUCAAUGGGAGCGAAUAUGGGGUCAGGCCCGCCUAUGGGCGGACCCAAUAUGGGUCCUCCACCUAAUAUGGGACCUGGUGGUGGGACAUGGAACCCUUGGGGAUGGGGUCCACCGCCAAUGGUGGCACAACCGGGCUUCCCGGGUCCUGAUAAUAAUGGACAAGCCCCAAUGGGAGCUAACCAAAUGAGUAAUUCAAUGUCCGGAGACAAUGAAUCACCAAUAAUACUGGAUGGGUCCACUCCACCUCCCAAGAAAGACACUACUGUAAUACCUCCGGAAUUGGAAGCAGCUGCCGCGGAAUGGACGUCCCACGUGGCUCCAGAUGGCAGAAUGUAUUACCACCACGCCGGCAGAGCUCAUAGUGUUUGGAUCAAGCCGGAGCCCUUGCAGAGGCUAGACGAAUUAAAGGCGAAAAUUGCAGUCGAAAAGGGGGAAAGAUUGGAUAACCUAAAGAACCAAUCAUUUUGGAUGGUGGUGAGUGUUAUAGAUGUUGACGAACACGCGGACGCGGUGGCAGCGGCUGAAGCGACCGUCGUAGAGGAGAAGGAGAGAACAGAACGCGAGCGGAUAGACCGGGAAAAAGCGGAGAAGGAGAGGGAAGAGAGGGAGAAGGCGGAAAAGGAGAAGGUGGAGAAGGAAAAGGCGAAACCGGAUAAGACUAGGCCGGUUACUAGCACGCCUAUCACGGGGACGCCGUGGUGCGUUGUAUGGACUGGCGAUGGUCGCGUUUUCUUCUACAAUCCAACGGCCCGUCUCUCUGUAUGGGAACGCCCAGCUCAACUGCUUGGGAGGAAGGAUGUUGAUGCUGCAGUGGCCCAGCCUCCGCAUCUUGUACAACAGCAACAACAACAGCAACAACAGAAGAAGGAAACGACUCCCUCGAAAGGUUCUAACGGCGAUCUCAAACGUGGAAUCGACUCGGAUAGCGACUCUGAGAGCGACGGUGCGAAACGGGCCAAGCAAGUCGAGGUGGUGGGCGUGACGACGAAAAAGGCCAUCGACGCGAACGCGGACGCAGCGGUGGAGGCGGAGAUGAUUGCGGCCAGGAAGCGGGUGGUUGUGCCGUUCGACCAGCGAGUGGCCUCCUUCCUGCAGCUGCUGCGGGAGUCGGACGUAUCCGCCUUCAGCCCCUGGGAGAAGGAGCUGCACAAGAUCGUCUUCGACGACCGCUACCUGCUGCUCGAGUCUAAGGAGAGGCGACAGGUGUUCAACAAGUACGUGCGCGAUAGAGCCGAAGAAGAAAGAAAAGAGAAACGCAACAAACUGCUGCUGAAGAAGCAGUCUUUCAAACUUCUCAUGGAAGAGGCCAAAUUGCACUCAAAGUCAUCAUUCACCGAGUUCUCAACGAAGUACUGUCGGGAUGUACGAUUCCGCGGUAUAGAGAAACUGCGCGAGCGUGAGACAUACUUCAACGAGCACAUUGCUGAACUGCGCAAGAAAGAGAAGGAAGAGAAAGAGAAACGCAGGGAACAGGCCAAACAAGAUUUCAUACAGCUCCUCAAAGACAAAAAUGUGGACCGUCACGCCCGUUGGGUCGAAGUGAAGAAGAAAAUCGAUGUGGACGUCCGGUAUAAAGCGGUUGAAAGUAGCUCCUUGAGAGAGGAUCACUUUAGGGAGUACUGCAAGAUGAUUAAGGACGAGAGGAAGAAGGAUGGAAAAGAGAAAGAACGCGAACGCGGCAGCCGAAAGGACAAGAAGGACAAAGAUCGCGACAAGGAGAAGGAGAAAGAGAAGGAAAAGGACAAGGACUCCAAGAAAGAGAAGAAGAAGGAUAAGGGAGAG